GGCUCGCUAGUGUCGUCUCGUCAAUCAAAGCCGCCACCAACUACUCCAUCCCGAAUUACUCCACCGGGAGGAGAAGCUCAGCUACCGAGCCGCGGAAUCCAUGGCUGCGGCUGGCCCUCGCUGGCGGGCGCUCGCCCCCCUCGUCGUUCUCGCCUUCCUGCUGGUGGCGGCCGAGGCAUGGACGGGGGAGAUCCGCGGCCACGUCGUCUGCGACGUCUGCGGGGACGCCGCCAUCGGCCCGGAGGACCACGUCCUCGAAGGCGCCGAGGUCGCUGUUCUCUGCAUCACAAAAUCUGGUGAAGUUAUCAACUACCAGGCCUUCACAAACUCCAAGGGUGCCUACACUGUUGCGGAGACGAUGCCAGAGAGUGACCGUUGGGAAUCAUGUUUGGCAAGGCCCAUCAGCAGCUUCCACCAGCACUGCACCAGGAGGGGUGAUACACACUCUGGGGUUAAGUUCACAUACAGUAAACCUUCAGGGAACUCUCAUAUCGUCAAGACGUUCCUCUACAAGCCUGCCAAUGCUCCUCUGUACUGUAGCUAAACAUGUAAGAUUUUCCUUUAUUUGGAGUCCAAAAAAGAAAGAAAAAGAAGAAAGAAAGAAAUAUACAGAAUGGAUAUUACUUCCUGCCUAGAACUGGUAUAAGCAAACCGGGUAUAAGUGUAAUGUAAGUAUAUGACUAGCUGGGGUGGGGUGCUUGUAAUGCUCAUCUGAAGCUCUUCCCGAGCAUCAGUAAUUGGAAGAGAAGGGGUUUUUGCAUGUUUGUAACUGUGAAUCUACAUAUACGUUUAUACUUUAUAUAUAAUCUUGAACCAUAUUUUGUCA